UACAAUUAUUUAGGUUAAACAUUUAAGCAUUUAGAGGCAGCGCCAGCACUAGAUAAAGUUGAUCUUUAAUCAUGGGUGGGGUGCUAAGCUACUUUCGCGGACUGCUUGGCUCCAGGGAGAUGCGCAUACUGAUACUGGGGCUGGACGGCGCUGGCAAGACGACCAUCCUCUACAGACUGCAGGUGGGCGAAGUGGUGACAACGAUACCCACGAUUGGCUUCAACGUUGAGCAGGUUACAUACAAGAACCUCAAGUUCCAGGUCUGGGACCUGGGCGGACAGACAAGUAUUAGACCGUAUUGGCGUUGCUAUUAUAGCAACACGGAUGCCAUUAUCUAUGUGGUGGACUCGGCGGACCGUGAUCGGAUUGGCAUUUCUAAGGACGAGCUGCUGUAUAUGCUGCGGGAGGAGGAGCUGGCCGGAGCGAUACUCGUUGUCCUGGCCAACAAACAGGACAUGGAGGGCUGCAUGACCGUGGCCGAGGUGCAUCAUGCGUUAGGGCUAGAGAACCUUAAAAAUCGCACAUUUCAAAUAUUCAAAACAUCCGCCACCAAAGGCGAAGGCCUCGACCAGGCCAUGGACUGGCUAUCCAACACUCUGCAGAGUCGUAAAUAGUUCUCGUAACGCAAGUCAAUCCUCAGCCCCUUAGCCGCCACCUAUCAGCCCUACCCCUGUGUAAAAAUAUUUAUCCAAAGCGUCGCCAGCUAAGGAUUCGUCUACAGCUUUUUUUUCAAACUUGCAAAUUGCACAGAGAAAUCCAAGAAACGAAACGAAAGAACUUUGUAAUAACUUCUAGUAAUAUAAUUAUUAAAUUAUAGGAUUAAACAAACCACAAAUUUA